ACAAGCGUUUAAAUACAAAGAGAAUAAACUGAAUUCCUUAGCAGUAGGAAUCAGUAACAAACUAAUCCUAUCAUAACAACUCAAUCUCAACAUAAUCAAAAACAAAUAAUACAAAGUCAAAGACAUGGGAAGCAGUACAGAUAUACUGCUAAUAAUACACAACUUACCGGAUUAACUUAAUAUACGACUGCAAUUUCAGACAUAUAUCUUAUAAGAAAGCCAAUGUACAUGUUCUAUAAAUACAUUAUAGCUCUGUAAGGACUAGCAUGCCAAACAUACACAUAUAUACUCUCCAGUCUUUAUUACCUCCUUCCAUAAAGCAGAAUGGCUUCAGUUCUUGAAAACAAACUAAUAUUUGUGACAGUGUUGGUGUUGGGUCUUUUUGCAUCUCAAGCCUUUACACGUUCUCUACAAGAUGAAACCAUGAAGGAGAGGCAUGAAAUGUGGAUGGCUAAAUAUGGACGUGUUUAUAAAGACAAGGCAGAGAAGGAGACACGCUUUAAUAUAUUCAAGAAUAAUGUGCAGUUUAUUGAAUCUUUCAAUAGGGCUCCUAAUAAGCCUUACAAGCUAGAUAUCAAUGGAUUUGGAGACUUAACUAAUGAAGAAUUUAAGGCCUCUGGAAAUGGAUACAAGAGAACUUCUCUUCCUAAGGCAUCUGAGACGCUGUCGUUUAAGUAUGAAAAUGUCACUGCUGUCCCAACUUCCAUGGACUGGAGGAACAAAGGAGCUGUUACUCCUAUCAAGGACCAAGGCCAAUGUGGAUGUUGCUGGGCAUUUUCUGCUGUGGCUGCCAUGGAAGGAAUUACAAAGCUCUCAACAGGAAAACUGAUAUCUCUUUCAGAACAAGAACUAGUUGAUUGUGAUACAAGUGGAGAAGAUCAAGGCUGCGAAGGAGGUUUUAUGGAUGAUGCAUUUGGAUUCAUAAAAAAGAAUGGAGGACUAACAACUGAAGCCAAUUACCCUUACCAAGGAACUGAUGAUACUUGCAAUACAAAAAAGGCAGCUGAUAAAGCAGCGAAGAUUACUGGCUACGAAGAUGUGGCUGCUAACAGCGAACAGGCCUUAUUGAAGGCAGUAGCGAACCAACCAGUCUCUGUAGCCAUUGAUGCAAGUGGCUCUGCGUUCCAGUUCUACUCAGGUGGAGUAUUUACAGGAGAUUGUGGAACGGAACUAGACCAUGGAGUUUCUGCAGUUGGGUAUGGAACAAGUGACGAUGGUACUAAGUACUGGUUAGUGAAGAACUCAUGGGGAACUUCUUGGGGUGAAAAUGGAUACAUUAGAAUGGAAAGAGAUAUCGAUGCUAAAGAAGGUCUUUGUGGAAUUGCCAUGGAACCUUCUUACCCAACUGCAUAAUUAAAGUAAGUGGCAGAAGAGAAAAAUAAUAUAUAGGUCAUUCUUGAAAAUAUAAUCAAACACAUUGUCCAAAAAUUUAAGCAUUUAGUAUGCCACUAUUUUAUUCUGUGAAACUCUUGUACUGCUAGCUGUAUGUAUGUAAGUAAACUGUAAUUUCUUGGAGAGUACUACUGAAAUAUGAUUUUCAAAUAAAAGGAUAAGCAAAUAUAAAGAAAAUGCA